AUGUCUGUGGAUGACAUAAUGCGUUCAAUAUUGGACGAUCUCCCAGAAGCUGGCAACUUCAGCUCUAUCGAAAGCUCUUCCAGUGGCCAACACAGUGUGGUCAACCUGGAGCAGCCCAGAGCCCAGUACUGUGUGGGGGACACCUUGAGCGUGCAGGUGAACGUGAAGGACUACAGGGGGAACCCAAAAGCGCAUGGAGGCGACUUCAUCCUGGCCCGGAUCCACUCUCCCAAACUCCAGGCUUCUGCAUCAGGACAAGUCACUGACCUGCUCAAUGGCUCCUACCGUGUGAGUUUCCACCUGUUCUGGCCUGGAGACGUAUUGGUGUCCGUGAUUCUCAUGCACUCCUCUGAGGCAGUUGGGAUCCUCAGGAGAAUCAGUGCGCACAACUAUGAUAAGAUCAUAUACACCGGAACCUUCUAUAGAGGUAAAGAAAAGGAGCAAUCUCGGUGUGGCGUCCGGCUUAAAUCGGACAAGCCCCUCUGCGAGUACAGAAAGAAGGAAGAUGCGGAGUACUACGCCUGCAUCCCACCCAAAACCCUUCCCUGCAGCACCCUGAGGACCAUGCGAUGGUCUUCCUCCUCCUGCCAGACCGGCAGCUUCUUCAGUGCAGACGCCAUUAGCAGAUGCCUGAAGGACAAGAAGCUGAAACUCAUGGGAGACUCCACUGUGCGUCUGAAAUAUGUGAACCCAUAUGAUACUCAUUACUUUGCCCUGGCUGUGGACCCCAAAAAGAACAUCUCUGUCCAGUGGAAAAUGCAUGGCCAUCCUUUUGUCACUGGCUACAACGUGGUUAAAGAUCAGUGCGGGUACAUUUCCGAAGAAGUAGACAGAGUAGCUGUUGGUGAUGUGGUGGUCAUUGGAGUGGGACAGCAUUUCAGGCCCUUUCCCCUGGAGAUCUUCAUCCAGAGGCUGAUCAACAUGCGGAAGGCCAUCCUGAGGCUCCAGGAACGUAGCCCCCAGACCCUCAUCGUCAUCAAGCUGGAGAACACCAGGGAGUUUAGUUCAACAAUGACCCACCUGAGUGACUGGUUUGGCUAUAUGCAGAACCUGGCUCAGAGAAAGGUGUUCAGGGACCUGAAGGUGGUGCUGGUAGAUGCCUGGGACAUGACAACAGCGGCUAACACCUUCGCAAUCCACCCUAACACCAUUAUUGUUUCCAAUGAGAUAUCUCUGGCUCUGUCACACCUCUGUCAUAAUACAUAG